AUGGAAGCCACCCUGCCGAUGGGAUACAUCGCAGUCCCCUUCACUUAUGAUGGAACCACGGACUCUUGGGCGCAUGUGUGCAAAUUCAAGAGUACGGUCCACUUGCACAGAUUCUCGGAUGGCAUAAAAUGCAUCGCAUUUGCCACUACCUUGGAAGGGUCCUCCCAGUUCUGGUAUAACCAAUUUCUUGACGGGGUGAUCCAUAGCUUCAAGGGUUUUAGCUCGAUGCUCCUAGAUCACUUCGUCGGUUCGGAGAAGCAGAAAAAAUCUGCCCUCACCCUAUUUAUAGUUCGCCAAGAGAGGGGCGAGCCCUUGAGGAACUACAUCCGAAGAUUCACUAAUGCCACAUUAAAUGUCCCAAGUCUCUCACAUGAUAUCUUAACCAAUGCCCUACUGCAGGGAUUGAAGGAUAGUGAGCUGUUCAAAUCACUAACUAAGAAGCCCCCAAAUAUAUGA